AUGGAAAAUAAUAAUCCAGAAUAUGAUUCUGAUAAUGAAAUAUUAAAUAAAGUAUAUAUGAAUGAAAAUAUUAAUGACAAUCUAAUGGAAAAGGUUUUAUCUGUAAGAAGUGAAGAAAGCAUUUUUUGUGAAACAUCAAAAGAAAUUAAUGAUCUUGUAAAAUCAAGUAUACAAACAAAAAGUGGUUCAGAAGAAAUAAAUAUUAGUGAUAAAACUAAUACUAUAAAUUUUUCAAAACAAAAAGAAUUAGAAAAACAAGUUUUAAGUGGUGAGAUUACACCAUUUCAAGCAAUUGAAAAACAGUCUGAUUUGUCAAAAACUAAAGGAACAUUUAAUAAAUCAUCUCAUUUACUUGAUCUUGAAAAAUACCUUCGACAACAGGCUGAACUUGCCAAACAAAGAAAACAAUUAAAGGAAAGCUUAAAGGUUUCUAAACCUGAUACUAAGCAUGCGGUAUUAGUUAAAAAACCCAAAUUAUCCAAUAUUAACUCGAAAGAAUGUAAAACUAUAGAAAAAACAAAAUUCAAGAUCAAUAAAAGAAAAUUAGUUCCUAAUUUUGAAACAUCAAAAGAUUUAAAUACAAAUACUGAUAUCAGUUGUGGAAUAGAAGAUAAUAAAUCUAAUGAACUUGAUGAUUCUAUCAAAGGAACUAAACAUUCCAAAAAUGCAUUUAUUUUCUAUAAUACAUCUAAAAAUAAUACUAAAGACACAUUGACUAAAAAUAUAGCAAAUAUUAAGCCUAUAGAUAUAGCAAGUGAUUCUGGAAGUGAAUAUGUACCAAGUGAAGAAGAAAUUGAUUCAGAAAAUGAAGGAUCAUCAUCUAAGAAAAGAAAAUCUCUUAGAAAAUCUAUUCAUACAAAAAAAGUUUUGGAUGAUGGGGAUGAACAAAUGUAUAGACAAAGGGUGGAAGAAAAUGGUUAUCCAAAGGCCAAACCACUACAUAAAGUAGAUAAUUUAUUUAAAGUUCCACAAUCUAUAUGGAAAAAAUUAUAUAAGUAUCAAAGAGUAUCUGUACAAUGGUUAUGGGAACUACAUCUUCGUGGCUUAGGAGGAUUAUUAGGUGAUGAAAUGGGAUUGGGAAAAACUGUACAAGUAAUUGCAUUUCUUGCAGGAUUAGAUUGCAGUGAAUUACUAUCUGAUGGUGGAAGAUUCCGAGGAUUAGGACCUAGUAUAGUUGUUUGUCCAGCUACGCUAAUGGAACAAUGGGUAAAACAUUUUCAUGAAUGGUGGCCUAUCCUAAGAGUGGUUGUUUUACAUCAUUGUGGAACUUACAGUGGUGAUUUGGAAUAUUUAAUGCACUCUUUAAAACCUGGUGGAAUAUUAAUUACAUCUUAUUCUGGUAUGCUUAAACAUAAGGAUUUACUUAUAGCCAAUCAAUGGCAUUAUGUCAUACUUGAUGAAGGUCAUAAAAUAAGGAAUCCGCAAGCAAAGGUUAGUAAAGCAGUGAAGGAGUUUCCCACACCACACAGGCUUUUGUUAACUGGUAGCCCCAUGCAAAACUCCUUAAAAGAAUUGUGGUCCUUGUUUGAUUUUAUACUACCAGGGAAAUUAGGGACUUUACCUGCAUUUUUAGAGCAUUGUGCAAGUCCUAUAACACGUGGAGGAUAUGCAAAUGCUACUCCUUUACAGGAGGCUACUGCACUUCAGGUUGCUGCAAUGCUUAGAGAUGCUAUUACACCAUAUAUGCUCCGAAGAACAAAAAAUGAUGUGCAACAUCAUGUUAGUUUACCAGAAAAAAACGAGCAGGUAUUAUUCUGUAGUUUAACAGAAGAACAAAAAAAAUUAUAUAAAAAAUAUUUGCGUUCUGCAGACGUUUCUUUCAUUUUACAUGAAAAAAAUCAUAUAGAAAGCGGAAGAUACAAAGCCCGCCUUUUAAUAGCAUUAUCAGCCCUCAGAAAAAUAUGUAACCAUCCCGAUCUGUUUCUUUAUACGAGUCCAAUUGAUUCUGAUGAAGAAGAUUUUAAUAUAUCAGAUGAAACAUUGGAAAAAUUUGGAUUCUGGAAACGUUCCGGUAAGAUGAUAGUGGUCCGAUCUCUACUUAAGAUUUGGAAAAAACAAGGGCAUAGAGUAUUACUUUUCACUCAAGGAAGACAGAUGAUGCAUGUUUUAGAAUCAUUAAUACAAAGUGAAGAAUAUACUUAUUUAAGAAUGGAUGGAACAACUCCUAUGUCACAACGACAAGAAACAAUCCAUUUGUUUAAUAUGGAUUCAUCAUAUUUCAUUUUUCUAUUAACUACACGUGUUGGAGGUUUAGGUGUAAAUUUGACCGGAGCAAAUCGUGUAGUUAUUUAUGAUCCAGAUUGGAAUCCAGCAACUGAUGCUCAAGCAAGAGAACGUGCAUGGAGAAUAGGGCAAAAUAAGAAGGUCACUAUUUACAGGCUUAUUACUGCUGGUACUAUUGAAGAAAAGAUAUACCACAGACAAAUAUUUAAAGUACUUUUAUCGAAUAAAGUGUUAGAAGAUCCACGUCAGCGUAGACUAUUUAAAACUUCCGAUUUAGUUGAACUUUUUAAUUUCAACGAAUCCAUUGAUGGUCAUUCUACUGAAUCUGAUGAAUUAUUUCGAGAGUCUAGGUUAAUUCCUUUAACUGCCAAAUUUUCAUCUAAUAAAAUUGAAAAAAUGAGAAAAUUGGCAGCUACACUUAGCAAAAAUAUAAGCCAAAAUACCUCAAAUUCUACACCUGGAGUACACAUAACAGAUGUUACAGAAAAUAAUUGUCCCUCCAAUUGCCACAAUAAAAAUAAUAAUCCUAAUAAUCCUAAUAAUAAUAAUAAUAAUAAAAAUGAUAAUUUAACAAACGAAAAUAUUACAAGUGAAGAAAAUUUUCAUAAAAAACAUGAAGAUACUUCUUUUCUUGAGAAUCAGAAAGAUAUUAGAGACAAGGAUACACAAAAUAAAAUUUCAGAAAAUAUCGAAUAUAAUACAGGCAACAUUUUAAACGUAAUAAAUAAAAUAGAAAACGAAAAUCAUACAUUAAAAAAUAAAUCAAAUGCUGAUAUUAAAACAGAUGAAAUUUCAAACGAAACUAUUAUACAAAGUUCAUCUACUGAUUCUACACUUGAUAUUUUUAAUAAAAAUAACGAAACCAUUUCAUGCAAUGUGAAUGAAGAUUCAUCGUCAAAAUUAAAUAAAUCACAUCAUAAAAAAAGAAAUAAAAAAAAACCUCAAUCAGAAAAACACUCUACUUCUGCCCUAUUUGAAGGAGAACGUAUUUCACAUUUAAUUGGACGACGUCUUGGUCGUUCUUUGACAGAAGAAACUGAAUCGAUUGAAGAUGAUCAAUAUGUCUUAGAAAAAUUAUUCGCUAAAGCGAGUGUAACUUCUGCUUUCCAACAUGAAACAGUAUUAUCAAAUACAGGAUAUAAUUCGGAUGAUAAAAAUCCAAUGCAACGAUUAGCACGUGAAACAGCGCAAGAAAAUAUGGAUAAUAUUCGUAAAUCUCGUAAAUGGUGUUGGAAACCUACUUGGGAUUCUACAAAAAAUGACUAA